AUGCAGUUAUUUAAAAGAAAAUCGCCUUCGAACGCUCGCACUCAUCACUCUGUGCGCAGUACCGAACACCUGGCCGAUCACCCGCAGGAUUCCUCUGUCAGCUCUCUUGGUCGCUCCAACACUCAGAAACUCUCGCGCGACCGACCGACUGUCUCUUUACGACCACCCUCCGUCUCUUUCAAAGGGAAACCCAUAUCCAACCCCAUAUCCAAUCCGAGUUCGCCCCGAGUCGCGCAUCCGGACGACGAGAGCGAAGUUGUGGCCCAGUUUCGACCGCAUUCUGAGAACCCCUCACCAGUGACCUUUGAACGCCCGGCGUCUAUCGCAAUCCAACCAGUCCAACGAGGACCGCGACCAACUCAUCCUGCUCAUCAGGAUCACGACUGGUCACAGCCGCAGCUACCCAGCCAGCCAGCUCCCCUCCAGCGAUCUGUCACCGACUUGGACUCGCCGCGAUACCAAACCUAUCGACCCUUCACCCCCCAGGAACCGGUAUUGCACUCCCGGCCCCCAUCUCGUUACGAGCCGCUUUCCCCAGAGACAUAUCCUGAUGCCAUGCAGUCCACACAGGCCCAGGGCCAAUUCCAGUCAGAGCAACAAUCAGCUCCCCCGGACUCGAGUCGGCCGGGUAGUGACACCAUGCCAGAUCCCGGUCGAGGCACGCCUACACACCGCCGCGAGGACUCUGGGGAAAUCGAUGUUCGCGAUAUCGAUGUUCGCGCCUUGAUUCAGAAACACGAUGAGCUCCAGGCCAAAUACUCCAAGGUGAAACGCUAUUACUUCGAGAAAGAUGCGCAGGUACAGCAUCUUCAGAAUACGGUUGCACACCAACGCAUGGCUGUCUCGCGCACGAUCUUAGACGACUCGGAAUAUCAAAAUCGCUUCGGAAGACUGGACGGAGCUAUCAAAGACUUGGCUUUCUCAGUGCGGAAGGAUUGGAAGGGUCUUCCUAAAUGGCUUGAAGGGAUGGUCACCGAAGGUGCGUUGAAGGUCGGCAUGAAGGAAAUGACCGCGGUCGGACGAGCAGUGAUAAGCCGAUGGCUGGUGGAAGAAGUGUUCCAGCGCCAUUUCCAUCCAGGUUUAGAUCCGGCAUUCAGUGUGCAACUGAAGACCGUCGAGAUGAACCUGCGACGGCAGCGACCGUCGUCCGAUGAAGAUCGCGAGAACGCCUCUGCUAGACUUUCCUACUGGCGCCGCACAACUCUCGACGGACUGGGUGACUCUAUCAUCGGGCCUGCUGCCGAUGAACACCGUGCCGAGCUGGUCGAGCAUCUCAUCGUGGAACUUGCCACCUUCAUGGGAACCCAACUACACGAUAACGCGCAACCAGGGUUGGAAGCAGGUGUCCGCAUGAUCAUCGAAAACUCAAUCAACAUUAUCGAGAAAGUCCCUCUUGAGGCCCGCGAUGUCUGCGUCGAUUACUUCCCACCAGGCGUCUCGCUCGCCGAACAAUACAUGAAGGUCGAAGGCCAACUACCUCCGCUCAGCAAUCCUCCCCCUCCAGUGACAGAUUCAGAGCAGGUCGACGAGCCCGGAGAAGGCGAUGCCUCAUCUGGAUCAACGGCGGCACCAUCAGAGAACGUCUCGCCAGCACCAAAGCCACACAAGAAGUCAAUGUUCGACACACUGAUGGGCCGCAAGCCCGCACCCAACGAUAUGGCCCGUCCACCGGCUGCGUCUGGACCAGAGGAGAAGAACGAGCCAGCCGAGCCAGUACCCAGCAGCCCACGAAUCCGCUUCGCAGCAUUCCUAGCUGUGGAAGUCCGCGGCAAGGGCCCUGCAACGGUAUUGGUCAAGGCGCCUGUGUGGUUAGUGGAGUAG